GUAAAGUCAAAUCAAUCUGGAGGUGUUUUUCUGAUUGUUUAGGAGCAGAAACGAGUGAAAGUAAUCUCCGACCACUUAAGAUUGAGUUUGAAAUUUUAGCUUCCCCAGCCAAAAAAAAAAAAAAAAAAAAUGCUGUUAAUUCUUGAUGAUAUUCACAAGUUACAUUUGGAACUUUUAAAGACCAUUGAUGAAAAAAUUGUGAGAGAAUUUUGCCGUAUAUCUGUUGAACAUCUUUUUAAAGGUAGUAACCCAAAGGUUUAUCAAAGUGCUGCACAGCGACUAAAUGUGGAAACAGAUAUUGUUCAGAAUGCUAUUGCUGGUAUCAUACAGCUGUUGAUUGAAGCCUCAAAGGCGAUGGUCACUGAAAUGGAAUUCCGUGAUUCCAUCAUUGUGCUAAGCUUCAAUAGUGAAACUCAAGAGGAGCUUGUUAAAUGCUAUCUAGAAAAUAACCAAAAUAUUAGAUCACUCCUUUCUAGUUUAGAAAUGUGUGUGCCUCAUUAUAAAAAUCUUGAAUGGAGACUUGAUGUUCAAAUUGCUAGUCGAUCUUUAAGACGUCCAAUGGAACCAUCAAUGCUUUUAAAGUUGCAAUUAGAAGAAGGAAAGGAAUUAAAAAAUAUUAUUCUGGAAGCAGAUCCAUCUAAUAUCAUAAAUAUGACUAAAGUAUUAGAUCAAGCUCUUCAAGAAGCAAAAUCGCAACACUUCCGAAGAGUAAUGAGAAGUAUAAAAUAACUCUUAAAUUGAAUGAUGAAGUUGUUAGUUACUAAAGAAGAAUUGUAUUAUAUUGUACAUAAGCAAGUACAUUUCUGUUUCUUCACUGUUAUUACUGCAUAUUUUAUAUUAUAUAUCAUGAAUCAAUAUUCUAUUAAUAUUGUUUUCGGUAAUUUCUAUUAUAUUUACUUUUUUUUUAACUGUUGAAUGAACUUUAUAUGAUAGUGAAUAAUUACUGUAGAUAUUUUUGUAGUUGUACUUGAAUAAUGCUUUACACUUUUUUACAACAUUUUGUUUUUCCUGAAUUCAUUAAUUAA